AUGGGUCACCAGCCGGAGCUGAAUCGCAAUUUUUCCACAUUAUCUAUGCUGGGGUUAGCAUUCGCAGUGUUGAACUCUUGGACAGCUCUUUCUGCCAGCUUGUCUCUCAGCUUAACGUCCGGAGGUAGCACCGGCGUCGUCUGGGGCCUAGUCACUGCGGGAAUAUGCAACCUGUGUAUCGCUGCCUCAUUAGCUGAGUUUCUGUCGGCGUAUCCAACCGCUGGCGGACAAUAUCAUUGGGUUGCAGCAAUCUCGUGGCCCAAAUGGGUUCCAGUCUUGUCGUGGAUAACAGGCUGGGUCAACGUCGCCGGCUGGGUUGCCCUCGUAGCCACCAACGCUCUAUUAUCCAGCCAGCUCAUUCUCGGUAUCAUUUCUGCCACUCACGAGAGCUACGAGCCUCAACGCUGGCACCAGUUCCUCAUCUACAUUGCCUUUACUCUCGCAUCCUUUGUCAUCAAUGCCUUUAUGAACUCCUUCUUGCCGCUUCUCUAUCGCGGUGCCUUUGUCUGGUCCAUUGGCGGCUUUGUCCUCGUGUCCAUUACGGUCCUCGCGUGCGCAUCGCCGAAUUACAACACUGCGUAUUUCGUGUUUCGCGAAUUCAUUAACACGACAGGAUGGCCUGAUGGGAUUGCAUGGCUCCUUGGUCUCCUCCAAGGCGGUCUUGGCGUCACCGCUUUUGAUUCCGUCGCCCACAUGAUUGAAGAGAUCCCCAACGCCGCCUUGGAAGGCCCCAAGAUCAUGGUCAUCUGCGUCGGCAUCGGCACCUUUACCGGCGCCAUCUUCCUCAUCGUCCUGCUUUUCGUAGCCGGCAACAUUGACGACGUCAUCAGUUCGGCAGCAGGUCCUUUGCUGCAGAUUUUGAUUCACGCCACGAGCAACACCGCUGGAGCUAUUUGCCUGCUCAUGCUCCCGCUUGUAUGUCUGAUUUUUGCGACGUUUAGUGUCAUGACGACGAGUAGCCGCAUGAUCUUUGCAUUUGCCCGCGACGGCGGUCUCCCUGCUUCCAAAUUCUUCGCUCGCGUCCAUCCGAGACUCGGCCUUCCUCUAAAUGCCCUCAUCUUAACCUCCGUCGUCGUCAUCAUCUUUGGUCUCAUCUUCCUGAGUUCAUCAAGCGCUUUCAACGCCAUCAUCUCUGCCUCCGUCGUCACCCUCGAUCUCUCCUACGGCCUGCCCAUCAUGGUCAACUGCCUCCAAGGGCGAAAGAAGUUGCCCGAGCGGAAAUGGGUGCUGCCCAGUUGGUUUGGCUGGACAGCAGACAUCAUAUCGCUGUCGUAUAUUUCGCUCACCACAGUCUUAUUCGUCUUCCCGCCGGUUCUACCCGUCACUGGCAGCAACAUGAACUACUGCAUCGUCGCAUUCGCCAUCAUCAUCGCCAUCUCCCUCUUUCAGUGGAUCAUCGACGGCCGAAAGAACUUUACAGGUCCUCGCGUAAAUCUCGUGAGCGGGCAGGUCAUAGGAGAGAAUGUCGUGCAAGUAGAGAGUGUGCAAGAGGUGGCGCCUCUGAGCAAGGAGGCUUGA